CUAUUUGGAGUUUCCAUUCAGAUUAACGACAUCAGCACCAACAUAUGUAAUUACCAAAACACCCUUAUUCAUUCUUUCCUCCAUUGACCACUUCCCAACUCAGGGUUUUCUCUUCUUUUCUUUCUACACCGUAAUUAGGGUUUUCAACACUCCUUCGUUUUCCCCUCUUUCACACUUUCCAUCAAGAUCCACUUGGACUUUUUUUCAUUCCCUUUUCCUACAUAAGUCUUACUCUCUCCAAAGCUUCAAUUUUUCACAACAACCCUUUUAUUUGGGGUUUUUUCUACCGUAUACUCCAUUUCUAUCAUCCCCUUUCGCGUGUUUGAAUUGAACUCGUUGAAAUUUCUUUCUUCUCGGCCAAUUGGGUCAGCUUCGUGUUGGAGUUUGGAUUUUCGAUCUGAUCCAGUUGCGUUCGUGUGCUGAAUUGUCUGGAGCUGGGUCUUCAAUCCGUGAGUUCUUUUGUGUUUUGGGUUAAGUUUUAAGGAAAUAAGGGUAUGUUUUCUGUCUCUUAUUUCGGUUCUAGGGUUUAUAUUUGUGCUGUUGGUGGGAUUGAUUUGCUUGUUGCUUGUAAUUGUGAUAAAGGUUUGUUGUGAAUUGAGAUUCAAAUCUGGGAGUUUGGAUAUUGGUUGCUAGUUUAUGAUUUGGUUGACUUGAGGGAUGGUUUAGAUUAUCGUUAAAGGUUGUUUUUUUAAGUAGUUCGUUUAUUAUAUAUGGUCGUUGAAGUUCAGUGGGUUGUUUAGGUUAUUUUAUUGGAUUUUGAAGUUUUGGGUUUUGUUGGAAGCUUGUGAGUUGUUUUGGUUUUCUGAAAGAGGAAGCAAGUUGUUGAUUUCGAGACAGUGUUGUUUUUGGAAAUGGAUAACUCCAAAAACAGACUUAAUGAUAGUUUGGGUGUUAACAAAUUGGGUAAGAAUAUAAGGAAGAGCCCUUUACAUCAGCCUAAUUUUGGCAAUAAUGCUGCUAGACAACAGCCUCAGCCCCAGGUUUAUAACAUAAGCAAGAAUGAUUUCCGAGAUAUUGUUCAGCAGCUUACUGGUUCCCCUUCACAGGAUCAUCCACCUCGGCCUCCACACAAUCCGCCAAAACCGCAGAGUAUGCGUUUGCAGAAAAUUAGACCUCCCCCGCUAUCGCCCAUCAAUCGACCUCGUUUGCCACCACCAAUGCCAAUGCCUGCAGCCCCUCCUCCAGUUCCUUACAAUAAUGCACCUAGACCGGCUCAUUAUGGACAACCAUCGCCCUCUCCUUUGACACCUGGGGAUUUGUGGGCCAAUACAACUGAAUCACCAAUCUCUGCUUACAUGCGUUAUCUUCAGAAUUCAAUGAUGGAUCCAGGUUCGAGGGGUAAUCAAUUUCAGCCUCAACCACAUCCAUACCCUCAACACCAACCACAUGGCAAUUUUCAGCAUCAACCUCCUUCGACUGCUUUGCUUCCUACUCCUCCCGUGCCCCCGAUCCCUUCUCCGAGAUUCAAUGGUCCUAUGCCACCAAUGAAUGGCCCUAAUCAUCCAAUGCCCAGUGUUCCUUCACCACAUGGAAAUGGCCCUCCCCUUUUACCUUCUCCAACCUCUCAAUUCUUCAUGCCUUCUCCGACUGGUUACAUGAAUUUACUGUCCCCUCGGUCGCCUUAUCCGCUACUGUCACCUGGCUUUCAUUUUCCACAGCCACUUACACCCAACUUUCCAUUCUCACCCAUGGCACAGUCAGGGGUUUUAGGUCCUGGCCCUCAACCACCGCCUUCUCCCGGCCUUAUGUUUCCAUUAUCUCCUUCAAGCUUUUUCACCAUGCCAAGUCCUAGGUGGAGAGAUCACUAGUCUUCUCAAUUUGUGCUUACAUGUUUGAUUUGGGGGUGCUUCCUUCUAACUGGACACAUCUUAGUCUUGUUCAUUGGCAAGUUGUAAGGGCUUUUUUUGGGCUGUUUGUAGUGUUCAUUUCCCAUUUCUUUGUUUCUUUUUUUAUUUGAUAACCAUAAUGGUUUUGAUCCUUUUACUUCAACAAGUUUUACAUUAGGCAAAUAUAUUGGAGAUCGAACAACACAAUUGAACAGUUGGACAGGAGCUGUAAAGUUGAAGACUGAUCUGUAACUUGAAGGGAUGUAGGAUUACAGACAAUACUUGUUAUUGUAGGUUAGCUCAUGUUCUUUUGUAAUAUAAUGGAUUACAACUUAAAAUGCAUAGUUAAUUUCAUGUUUUCUUUC